UCGACGUGGUCUGUUAGUCAUACAAUGCGAGUCUGGUGACAUCAACUCUAGUCUGAUAGCUUGCGCGAGAUAUUGUGUUAUGGAAGAGUUCGAGAAAAUAGGACCGUCUCGCGCUGGUUAUUCAUAUGUCACGAUCGUUGUGCAACUUCCAAGAAAAGCUGGUGGAUGUUUUAACGGCUUUCAGUGUGGUAUGUGGCAUUCAGUGCAUAUAGACGAUUUGUACGCAGAAGAUUCAUGUUUUCCUUGUAUCGGCGACAUUCAGGGCAAAACGCUCAGUGAACUGUUCGGGUUCAAUAUGCAACAUGAAAACUUAGGGGAAAAUGAAAGAAAUGGAAGCCCUGAAGAUGACAGGCCAAUCACAAAUGACCCAGCGAAAUCCGAAACUUUUAAAAUGGUAUUAAAAACUAACCAUUGCCAUCCCAAAAUACAUUCAAGCAACAUAUUUGGAAUGUUUCGGCAAUGUGUUCAACCAGCCCUGUCAAUAGUGAAAGACAGAAAAGACUUUGAACAACGGGAGACCAAACGAGUGGAUAUCAUUCUGAGCUGCUCACAAACCAUCUAUGACAAACAUGAAGAAUCAGAAACAAAUACAUUAUUAACUGGAAUAUUCGUAUGGCUUGGAAAAUUGCUCAACGAAAAGGAACAUACAACUUGUAUCGCAAAACAGUGGAUGUCUGAAGAUACUGCAAGUAUGGAAUCCAUCAACAAGAACGGAACAUUUAGGCGGUCAUGCUAUAACACAAUAGUAUCCAAGGUCAAGCCUGUUUUGGCUAGAAUCUUUGCAUUUCUGGAUACUAACAGCAACUUUGACCUGUUAGAAAGCAAACUUCAAUGGAAACGCAAAUUUUGGAUUACCUGUUUAAACAACAGUUAUCUUCAACUUAUGAAGUGCUCAGACCUUGAGUCUCCAAAGCGUGAGUCUGAUCGGGAAGAAGUUCGUGAUUCUGUUCUGGAAGAAGUCAUUGUUCCAUUUACCGGAUCUGAUGGACAUGAAUUUAAACUUCGUUUGCCUUUUUCCUGGUUGAUAAUUCAAACCGUUGAUGAUUUUUUUAGAAGUCUAGUUCUUGACAAAGAUGAAAAUGACAACACCGAAAAGUGUGCAGGGAGAUUAAAAUCCCAUCCCAUUGGUCAAAUCCUUACGAACAUAGAUUUCUCACUGCAAGAGAAUAAAGUUGCAGAUUUCGACAAAACGUUAUGCCCGUCGCUGCAUGAGGUUUUAGAAGACUACGUACACGACUUUGUUCAAACUAUCUACAAUACGGGAAUCAUAUCUGAGCUGAAGAUUGUGUGCCAGAUUCUUAAGAUAAAAGCGUGUCACAUGUGUGCCAAGAAAAAAGAAAGCUCAGAUCUCAUCAGGCACUUUGCAUGCGUCCGUUUUGCCUACGAAGAAUUGUCAGCUAUUCUUGCGUCCUUCCGAAGCAUAAAUCAGAUCAACUCUGUGCUGUGCCUUUUAAUUGGAGAUGUGAGUCCUGUAAAAGAAGACAUGGGUGAUAUACAUGCACAAAACAAAUGGCUUAACAAAGUGUAUCGCUAUCGUCCAGUUGUCGAAACGGUUCUGCAUCGUCAGAGCGUAGCAACAGCUAGUGACAAAUCUGCAAUAAACAGUGCUAAGUAA